CUUCACAAUGCCCCCACCAUCACUGUCAAACGCGCUUGGCGCUUCUUUCCUGCGCGCUUCGACUUCCGCAUUCUUUGCAAAGUGACGCUUGAAGAAACAACAUGGUGACCACUAAACCUGCCGCCGCCGCUGCGGCUGCUGCUGGCAAAAGCAAAGCAGCCCCCAAGAAACAGCAGUUGAGGGGCAAAAAUAUCCGAAAGAAAAAAGUCGCCUUAAAGUUCUACAUCGACUGCACCCACCCUGUUGAAGACAAUCUGAUGGAUGUGUCGAACUUCGAAGAAUAUUUGAAGGAAAGCAUCAAGAUCAACGGGAAGGCGAAUAACUUUGCUGGUGGCAAAUCGGGCCAGCAUGCGGUUACGCUGGGGAGUGAGAAGAACACCAAAAUUGUUCUGAGCUCUGAAAUCCCGUUCUCGAAAAGGUACCUGAAGUAUCUCACCAAGAAGUACUUGAAGAAGAACAAUCUCAGGGAUUGGCUGAGGGUUGUUGCUUCUGGACAGGACUCGUACGAGUUGAGGUACUUCCAGAUCAACAACCAGGAGGAGGAUGAGGACGAUGAUGCCGAGUAACUUACGGUAAAUAAUAAAGUUGCUCUAAAAAAUUG